AUGGAACAGGUGCUGCGCAAGCUAGAUCGACCUGAAAGACCUGCUAUUAUAGGAAAAUGGGGGCGAGAAACAACCAAACUAGAUCUGGCAAUGGAGUUGUUGACCUUCGAGCUGUGGAUGCUGAUUGGGGAAAUGAUUUCAUCAAAGUCUUCACUGCUAUCCCUCAGCUUGGUUUGCCGACAAUUCCAUUCGAUUUUCACACCGAUGCUCUUUUCCAGAAUCAAAUGCACCAACAUUGAAUGGAUCGUGUCCGACGAUUUCCUGCAAUUUCUGUCCACACCGCAUGUUCGACACGUUCGAGAAUUGACCUUCAUUAUUGGUGGUGAUUGGCUCAGUGUACUCUGGCCUAACAGCGAAGACGUUAUCGUGUGCUUGCUCAAUAGGAGAUUGGUCCAGUGUUUCAUCGCGAUGCCAAACCUCACAUCUUUUACCUUUGGGGAACCGAUGGCAAAAUUGACAAUAAGGGAGGAAUCGGAAGGGGUGGGCAUGCUCCCUAUAUACAACAAGACUCUGCUGGCGUUGCGGCAGCAUAGCCCACGACUACGCCACUUGUCGAUAACAUUCCCGUCCAGUGGGGAUCAUCUUCUUGACCUAGAAGAAAACACGUGCGAUACAGAAUCUGAAGAGUUCAAGCAUUACGAGCAAAUGACUGAUGUGCCAAGUAAUCUGGAGGGCCUUGUAUCAACCCUUGUUGCGUCACCAAAUCUUCACGGGCUUGCUCUUGGAUUGAAUGACUUGGCGCAGGUGAAAGAUUUCUUCCCUAGGCUCUGCAAAAGCUAUGCCGCGGCAGGUGGCCACCCUUUGUUACUGAAACGCCUCUCUUUCAGCAGAGGAUGCAUGCCCUAUUCAGACGAGAUCUCACACAUUCCACUACUCUGUGACCUCGAUGUCCUGCAGAGCACCUACAUGUCCAAUGAGUUCACCAAAGAUUAUACCAGAAAGUAUCUAGAUUUCCUUUGCCCUGAAAAGCAGAUGGCUUGUCUUGCUCUUUCAGAUCCUUCCUGGUGCCGUUCUAUCAGACGUAUCUCCGCCAAGUGUUUGGACGAUGGUUUCUUCAGCUUGAUCAGAAGGAUUGGGCAGGAUACCACCAUAGCACCUCAUUUCAUGAGUGAGAUGACUUUCACUAAUUGCAACUUCAAAGAUAUCGCCCCGAAAAGAUUCAAUAUUGACCCCGACAAACAGAUGUAUUGGCCUAGGGUUUUCUCCGUCCAGUAUCCAGCUCGCAAAGAGGAUAUAGAGACUUGCAUACACCCUGUAAUCCUCGAGAUAUCUGGUUGGCGAGGUCUAGAGCGACUUCAUUUCCCAAGUGACAUAGGGAACUAUGAAGAAAGGAAACUAAUCUCAAACUUAACAAAAUCACUGGGUCAAAACCUGAAGGUUCUCUCACUCUAUGCACCAAGAAAGUACCCGCACACACCAUUUCUCCCCGACAAGGACUUUUAUUGCAGCCUUUGCCUCUACGAGGAAAAUUGCACUACUGGGGAACGUACUAUAUUCGAUGAAAGAGAUGCUGUGCUUCACCAAGACCUGGAAGGCUCGAACCGGCUUCGGUAUGCUAAACCUCUGUGUUUGGAUAGCAACCUGGUGUAUCUUGGCAUAUUCGACUGCUAUUACCGCAUCUACAAGGACAUCGUUAGAGAUAACGACAAUCGGCCUUUCAAAGUGGCUUGGAUGCAGUCCGUAGCAAAUUAUAAAGCUGAUGAAAGGGGUGAAGAGGUCUUCCAAUCACUUUUCUACGGUGAUCUAAGCGGGAUGCCCAGUCUUCUUUGA